AUGUCUGAUGCGGUAUACAACAUUCAGUAUGUCCGCCACGUCAAGUCCGAGUCUAACAAACCAUACAAUGCCAAUGUACACAACAUAGACCCUCCUUUGUUGUCCUGGGAGCUCGAGUCGCAAUGGGCCCAGGAAUCCGGCCAAGAGGGGCCGAAACAGGGGCAAGGCGAAGGCUUUGACCUGAUUAGGAACCAAGUGGCCCUACACCUGGCCGACUUGGAGAACGACCUGGAAGAGCCCCCAACCCAGCUCAUAGCCGUUUCUCCCCUGCUCAGAACUCUGCAGACCUGUCUUAUGGGUACCCCCUAUCACUUGCUCGCCAGAGGCAACCGACAAGUCCAGAUCGUCAUUCAUCCUGUCUUGGUCGAGCAGACGUACUGGAUUUCAGACAGGGUCCGACCCACCGAAGACAUCAAGGCCACCAUCAGUGAUGCACUCGAAAACCGAGAGUACAAGCCAAAAGAGAUGCCACUCACCAUUAAUGACCUUAACAUCGACUGGGAUGAACUCAACAGGCACUGGAGUGACGAUGGCGUGCCGGGAGACCUCGAAUACAGCAAGACACUUAAAUUAUGGAAUGUCAAGGAGCGCUUCUGGGCGCCUGAGAACGUCAUCGAACGAGGACAAGCCGCGAAUAGGGCCCUGAUCCGACUAUGUCGUGAGCUUUGCAAUGGGACCCGCGGCAAGGGGGCACAGAAGCCGGGCGACUUCACCCUAAUGGUUUUCGGCCACGGGGGUUUUAUCAACUUCUUAGCAGAAGAGCUCGGAAACGUUAACUCGGAAGCCGAUCAGCUGAGACUGACCGACUGGAAUGUGGGCGAGAUCCGACGCUAUGAGCUGGCGGAGGCGGACUACGGCGGAGACAACUGCUAUCUGAAGGAAAACCCAGCGCGUCGAAACUGUCGCCUGAGGCUGAGAGGGGAGCCUUCGGUAGGAGACUACGAUCGGUUUGCCGAGAACGAGAAGCGGGUGAAACUGAGAGGAUGGCUUAAGAACCUCAAGGAAGAACUCCUCGUCGGGAAAGAUGGAUCGGGCGGGUAUAUCCCGAAGGAAGAGAUGGUGAACUACCAGAAUAUACAGAAGGCCUACGAAGAGGAGCGGGCACAUCGGGGAAAGUGA